AUGUCACUAACAAAGGGCUUGAAUGACUUCCAUCGGGCUGUGCUCAGUUCUCCCAAGCUGUCCUGCGUUCUGGUAUCCAUCCAUGCUCAGCCACCAACCCGAACACUGAGCAAGCGAAGAACCUCCAAGGAGAAGGUCCUGCAGAACCUGCUGGUUUCAGACAAGGUAAAGGAGAUUGAGAGCUGCCUGGAGAGCAGAUCAGACAUGGCGAGGAUGGUGAGAGCGCGAUGCGAGAGCAGAGACAAAGACGUCAGUUGGAUGUCCAUGAGCAAGGGACUCAACUCGAAUCUCUACAUGGAAACCAACAACUUUCCCGAGCCUGAGAUCAGCAUCAGCACAGAAAAGAAGAUUUGGUAA